CAACCGUACAGCGCAGAUCUAUAAAUCUGUCAGAUGCUUAGAGAUGAUGACAGGCUUGUCUUACCAUUCCUCUGGACAGAAUUAGACAGAAUUCAUCCAUCAUGGGGCAGCCUGAAGAUCUCGAAGAUUCUGGGAAUGACUUUCCUGAUCAAAAUGAACAUCAAGAUUCACAUUUGUUUCAAUAUAUGCAUGUGAAGCUUGAAGAACAUGCCCAACCAGAACUUACCACCAAAGAACUAAUCGUUGAGAAAACAAGAAAAUGCUGUAAAAGUGGCCCAAAAGAGAUUGCUAACUUUUUUCUAACACUCUUCCCUGUUCUCCAGUGGUUUCCACGUUAUAAGAUCAAGGAAUACCUUCCUGGAGACAUAACAUCUGGUAUCAUUGUGGGCAUUGUCACUAUUCCACAAUCGAUUGCUUAUUCUCUGUUGGCCAACCAAGACCCAAUCUAUGGAUUAUAUACCAACUUCUUCUGCUGUAUAAUUUAUUUUUUGACAGCAACAUCUCGCCAUAAUUGUGUUGGAACAUAUGGAGUGCUUUGUUUGAUGGUAGGAGAAUCUGUGAACAAGCAACUAAAAGCUGCAGGUUACAUUACAGAUGGGACCACCUCAGUUGUGGUAAACUCAACACUUACCAAUGGAACGAUAUGUGAUAAAAGCUGUUAUGCCAUUACUGUGGCCACAUCUUUAACUUUUAUUGUUGGUGUAUACCAGAUCCUAAUGGGAAUUUUUCAGUUAGGCUUCAUCUCUAUGUAUUUGUCAGAACCCCUGCUGAGUGGUUUUGUUACUGGGUCAUCCCUCACUAUUCUGACCUCCCAGAUGAAGUAUCUCCUCGGCUUAAAGAUUCCUCGUCGGGAUGGGGCAGGGGCUCUUGUUUUGACUUGGAUUGACAUCUUUUCAAAUAUAAAAAAUACCAAUAUAUGUGACUUGGUAACCAGCUUAAUUGCGAUAAUCACUAUUGUACCCGUCAAAGAAGUGAAUGAUAAAUUCAAAAGCAAGAUGAAAAUCCCAUUUCCAGUGGAACUGAUUGUGAUUAUUGUAGCCACACUAGUGUCUCAUUACUUUAACUUUAAUACCAAAUAUAAGUCCUCAGUCUGUGGCACCAUUCCUACUGGCUUCAAGACUCCCAAGGCCCCAGACUGGAGUCUCAUUCCAAGUAUAGCUGCUGAUGCAGUUCCAAUCGCAAUCAUUGGGUUUGCCAUGACUGUAUCCCUUGCAGAGAUCUUUGCAAAAAAGCAUGGCUACACAAUUAGCACCAACCAGGAGAUGAUAGCCAUUGGUAUGUGCAAUCUUUUUCCAUCUUUCUUUUCCUGUUUUUCAAGCUGUGCAGCCCUUGCUAAGAGUCUUCUGAGAGAAUCUACAGGUGCUAACACACAGCUCAAUGGCGUAAUCAGCUCUGCCGUAUUGUUGCUUGUUCUUCUUGCUCUUGCUCCAUUGUUUUAUUCAUUACAAAACUGCAUUUUAGGCGUCAUCACUAUUUGCAGUCUCAGAGGAGCGCUAAGAAAGUUUUCAGAUACUCCAAAAAUGUGGCGCAUAAGUAAAAUUGACACUGUGGUCUGGUGGGUCAGCAUGUUAGCAUCUUCCUUAAUCUCAACUGAGAUUGGACUACUAGUAGCUGUUUGCUUUUCUAUGCUUUGUGUGAUCCUUCGUACACAGAGGCCAAGGGCCACUCUAUUAGGUAAAGUCAGUGGGACAGAGAUUUAUGAGGACCAGUUCACUUACAAGGAACUGAACACUAUCCCUUAUGUUAAAAUAUUCCGCUUUGAUGCCUCUCUAUACUAUGCCAACAAAAACUAUUUCAGAGACUCUCUAUACAGCAAGAUAGGUAUUAACCCAUCUUUAGUGGCUGCUCUGCAAAGGAAAGCCAAGAAGAAAGAAGAAGCAGCAUCAAGAGAACCAAGCAAUAGGUUUAUAGCCAGGUUUAAUUUGAUUAAAACAGUAAAGAAACCUCAGACACAUUCUAAAACCUCAAUCCCCCAACUUGAUAUUCAUUCCAUUGUAAUUGACUGUGGCGCCAUGCAGUUCAUAGACUCUGUUGGGCUUGGGAUUCUCAAAGAAGUUCACAAAGAUUAUGAAGAGAUUGGCAUUCAAGUAUACCUUGUAAACUGCAACCCAUCAGUGCGCCAUUCCCUCCACGAUGGGGGAUACUUCAGCAACUCAGGUGGUGAUGCAGAGUUACUGGCUUUUCAUAGUGUGCAUGAUGCGGUCACAUUUGCUGAAAGAAAGUUCCGUGAAAAACAGAAAGAAAUUCAGUUAAGGGAUAAUGCUUUCUCUUUUGACCCAGCUCAAGCCGUUAGUGAUGUUCUAAGAAUUUAG